AAAAUGCCCAAGGCAGCGGAAGACUCCGAAGUCGAAGCGCGUUGGAAGGAGAGCGCUUUGGCCAAAAAGAAGGGCUUUUCUAGUGCCUUGUGCGAGGACACUGCGGGGAUGUUGUCGAGCUGCUAAUCUUCUACGGUAUGUAGCUGUUGCAAUCAGCAGAGACAAUUCAAAGUCAAAGUCUUGACCUAGUCUUAGCUGUUGCCUUGCAAAAUGCAGGCGGAGUCAGUCCUCAAGCUGGGCAAAGAAUUGACCUGCCCCAUUUGCCUUGGCCUUUUGAAAAGUGCAGUCCACCUUGCCUGCAACCACUGCUUCUGCAGGGGAUGCAUCCAGCAGUCCAUCUUGACCAAGGCGUCAUGUCCAGUGUGCAAGAAGCCGGCGCACAAGAGGGAUCUCCGCCCUGCUGCCAGUGUGGACCAAGUCGUUGCCGCAUACGCCGAGAUGGAACGCGCCCUGGGGGUCCAGAUCCUCUGCUCUCAGCCUGCCAAACCACCCCCCCAGGACGAUAAUGAGGAAGAGGCCCAAGGGAAGAGAAAGAAGCCAAAGUCGAAGAUGCAGAAAAUAGCAGAAGAGGGGAAGGAGAACGAAGUUCCAAGGGCCAACGCACGGGCAGAGAAGCUCGGAAAGGAAGCCAGGGGUCUUUCCGCGCAGGAGAGCAAUGCUUUCAAAACUCCCAAGAACGGUGCCAAGAUGGGCCAGGGGGCUGAGAAGCCGGGAGAUGCGAAGCUGAGUGCGGGUCUGGUCGCCUGUGGGGGGUCCAAGCAAAGCCUUGCAGAAACCGAAGUGCCCCCCCCAGAAAGCAGCGGUUUGGCAGCGGGGAAAGCCAAGAAGAAGUCUGCUAAGAAGAAGGCAGGGGGAAAGCUUGCAGGAGGUGCAUCGGCAAAGCUCGAUGCAUUGGACAAGGAGGCGGCUCUCUCCCCGCCCCUUCCUGCACUGGCUGAGUCGGCGCCGACGUCUGACCAGAGGGGUGCGGGGUUCUCUCCGGGAGGGAGCGGCUUCCAGCCGUUCUUCUGGAUGGGGGGGCAAGUCGGGACUCAGGACCCCGAGGGAGGUACGCAGCUGCGGCCCACGCAAGCCUCCCCCCCGAUGAGCUUCAGCGACCUGGUCAGCAGCGGGAAGAAGGGCGCGAUGAGGUUGAAAGAAGGCGCUGCCUCGCCGGGGGAAUUGGUGUCAAGGGAGAUUGUGGGCACCGAGAAAGGGGCCAAAGCGGCAAACAAAGGUCGGAAAGCAAGGGGGAAAGGUGCGGGAAAAGAAGAUGGGGAGAAGGUGGCAAGGGAGGAGUUCUACAGCUGCGAGGACGAUACUCCGUUUGACGCGUUCCUUCAAGAGGAUGGGCUUGGGGUUCAAGAGGCGUCACUCCCCCCCUCACCGUCCACAAAGGGUGAGGCCAAGGGCGUACAGAAGAAGGGCGGGAAAGGGAAGAAGGGAGGGAGCAAGCAGGGGGCCAAGGAGCCAAAGCGGAACGCUGUGGAACCGAAGGGGGAGGAAGCGGCCGUGUCGGAAAAGGGAAAGCUCAAAGCCGAGAUUCGGGCGUCUGUCGCUGCGGCGGUUGGGUUGACAAAAACAGCGUCUGGGGCAGCCAGCCAUGUCGCACGACUCGCGGCAGAGGGUGAGGGAAAGGUGACGUCAGCAGAGGAGGGGAAAGUGACGUCAGCAAGCGAGCACAAGCCGAAGCAGAGGGCCGCCGCGGCGGGCAAGAGGAAGAGGGGGAUCGUCGCAGGCCCGGCGGCCGCCGGCAAGGCAACAGGUGUCAGCGCCGAGCCAACAGCUGUCAGUGCAGCCGCGGCCCCGAGCACCACGCCUCAUGUUAGCAAGAAGCCCGCAGGAGAGGGCGGAAAGACGCCGAGCGUGCCCGCCAAAACCCCUGGUGACACUGGCCUGUGUCCCUCGACUUCCCGCCCCCCCAACUCAGGAGGGCCCCCCGUGUUUUGCGAGAAGCCCGUGUGCGGAUUCUGUGGGCUAGGUGAUGACUCCAGCGUUGCGGGAAAGCUGGUGAGGAAAGGGGCGGCGCAAAUUGGGCUCCUGGCGGCGGAAGGCUUUGAGGAGAGGGGAGCGGACAACGAGAGUGGGGGGAAACGCAAGAGGGUGCAGCUGGCGAGCGUGGUGGUGCACGAGCUCUGCGCACAGUGGGCGCCCAACGUGUUCUUCGAGGGCGAGGAGCUGGCAAACCUGGACUCUGAGCUGGCCCGCUCCCGCCAGCUCAAGUGCAGCGUGUGCAGCCGCCGCGGUGCCGCGCUCGGGUGCUUCCUGCCCCGCUGCCGCCACACGUACCACUACGCAUGCAGCCGGCAGCUUGAGGGCUGCCGCUUUGACGAGGAGUCGUACGUCAUGCUGUGCCCCGAUCACUCCUCGGAGAAGCUGCCGUUUGAGAUGGAGAUCGACGAAUUCGACGGUUCAGAUCAGGAAGAAGCGCCCGCGAACGGCAAGGACAAGGGCGGGGCGAAGAAGCGGAAGGCCGCCGAGACUGCACGAGGUCCAAAGCGUGCGAAGACUGCCCCAUCCGUGCAAGCAACCCCGGCAAGCAUGAAGUGGGCGGGCGCGCCUGGCACCAAGUGGGUGCUCACGGGCUCCGGCCUCUCUCCAAAAGAAAAGGAUGACCUGGCGCUGCUCGCGCAUUCGUCGGGCGCGCAGGUGGUGAAGGACUGGUCGCCCGCCGUGACCCACGUCAUCACGGGCGUCGACGAGAAGCUCCGCUCGAAGCGCACGCUCAAAUACCUGACCGCCGUUCUGACCGGGCAGUGGGUCGUUACUCCAGAAUGGGUCACCGAGAGCCUCGCGCUGAGCCAGCCCGCUAAGGAGGCAUCGUUCGAGGUCUUGGGCGACGCGCAAAACGAAACCGGUGGCCCUAAGAAGGGCCGAAUGGCAGCUCGCAAGGGCGCUGCCCCCCUGUUCGACGGCAUCGACUUCUUCCUGUCCGGUGAUUGGCCUGGGACGCCCUCAAAGGCGGACAUGGCGGCCGUCGUCUCGGCAGGGGGGGGUACGGUGCUGGCGCGGAGGCCCCUCCCCAAUGAGGCGGCACCGGCCCCAUCGAGCAAGUCCCACAAGUCACCGGAAACGGUCAUUCUCUACUUCGGGGGUCAGCCUGCCGGUGCAGACGGCCCCCCGGGCGCGAAAACGGACGCCGCGGACGGCAGGCGCGCCGAGGCACUGGGGCUGUCCGGGUCCGCGGGCAAAGGCUCGGUGGUUGUGCAUCACCGCUGGUUGCUAGACUCGGCGAGCGCGUUCCAGUUGCAGGACUCGUCGAAGUACUAAAUCCCGAGUUGGCAGUACUCGUAUCCGGACAUAUCUAGAAUGUGACGAGUGGAAAGAAAGGGUUGGGAGUGUUUCCAGUUGCAGCGGCGCACAUCAAGUAGACGUGAACAAGUUGACCCCAAACGUGGUUUGCCAAUGCACUGAAUAUAGUGGCUGCAAUGUGAGAUUUGUCAUCAUAUGUUUCUUUGAGCGUUUCCGG